CGAGAGCGACAAGAAUCAACGACGACUUCUUUUCCCGGAUACAAGCCACAUCUCGUCGAUCCUCCAACAUUCUGUCACGCUUGCAGGGAGAAUCUUCCAUACAUAACACCUCUACUACUCGUUUUAAAAUAAGGGAGAAUCAUUGUUGGCUCAACUGAUUUUGUCCACCAUUUAUUCAAUUUCCCGCAACCUACCGUUGAAUUUGGAUUCAGAAAAGAUGCCAGGGUAUCAACUACCUGAUGAUGAUUUGGAACAUAUCUCGCCGAAGUACAUAUGCAAGCACUGCCACUUACUGUUGCGUGACCCAGUGCAAACACCAUGUGCACACUUUUAUUGUCGAGGCUGUUUCGACCAUUUGAAAAGGGACGCAGUUUUCAAGUGUAAGAUUGAUGAUGAAGAAUUCAGCGCUGCUCAGAUCUUUCCUGAUGGAUGUGUUAAGAAGGAGAUCCAAAGUCUUACGGUGCAUUGCUUGCAUAUCGCCGACGGAUGUGAGUGGGAGGGUAAAAUAUCUGACCAAGAGGAACAUUUGGCCAAUUGCGACUACCUAGAGAUAGACUGUGUCUACAAGGACAAGUGUAAAACGAAGCUGCUGAAAAAAGAUUUGGCCCAACAUCUGGAAAAGGAAUGCAGUCAAAGAAAGGCAGAAUGUGAACACUGUCGCCAAGAACUACCUAUCUCUGAAUUAAAGGAUCAUUACAGGAACACUUGCCAGUCUCUUCCAGUGAAGUGCAUCUUCUGUAACAAGAAGGAUAUCCCUCGAGGAAAUAUGGAGGCACACCGUGAUCCAGAGAAUGGAGACUGUGAGGAAUCCAAAGUCUUUUGUCCUUUUCGCCUUUUUGGAUGCGAAACCACAGAGGAGAUGAAACGUAGCGAAAGACGCCAGCAUGACGAGAAUUUGGUGGUCUUUCAUCUCGGCCUCCUUCCCUCCUUUGUACUCCGUCUAAGAGACCAGCUUGGAUUUUUUGUUAGCGAGAUAAAACCCCUAAGAGAGGGUGUGGCUGUUAUGGGACGACUGAAGUCCACAGUCUCUCAGCUUGUGUCCCAGGUAACAGCAGUGGUGCGAGAGAAUGGGAGCAUACAAGAUGAACUUCAUGAUUUAAGAUCGCGUUUGAUGCACGUGGAGGAUACCUUGGUGGAACCCGAUUCAGUCCCCACAGGACAGCAUGGUUCCCUUGCCGCUCAGUAUCAACAGAUAACUAAUGUGUUAGAUGACGUUAAGAGGGCGAUCAGCAACAUGCAAGGACAGUUUGCAAAUCACGAGUUUCUACUCACAGAAGCAAAUCAAGCCAUACACGAACAAAAUAACGAAAUUGUCUGGCUCAAAAGACAAGACGAAAGAAACCGAGAACUUUUGAGGCGACUGCAAGCAAAAGUAGACUCAAUGGAGGAAGCCACGAGAACGACAAAUCUGCCGCCGGUUGCUGCUUUGUCAAGUAACAGAGAUCAAGAACCUUACAGUUUCGAUGGCGUUCUUCUUUGGAGGAUUUCAAAUGUCUCAGCCAAGAUAUAUGAUUCUUUCAACGAACCAGAGAAGUCCUAUUACAGCCCUCCGUUCUACACAAGUCGUCAAGGCUACAAGAUGUGCGCGCGCAUCUAUUUAAAUGGCGACGGGACAGGCAAGGGAACGCACAUUUCGCUGUUUUUCGUGCUGAUGCGUGGCGAAUACGACCCACUACUACGCUGGCCAUUCCGACAGAAGGUCACCUUCAUGUUGUUGGAUCAGAAUAAUGUGGAACAUGUGAUUGACGCGUUCAGACCUGAUCCGAAUAGUUCAUCCUUCCACCGACCACGAAGAGAAACAAACAUCGCCAGCGGUUGUCCCUUGUUCUUUCCGCUGACGGAAUUGAACAAACAUGCUUAUAUCAAGGAUGAAGUUAUGUUCAUCAAAGUUAUAGUUGACUGCUCUGACCUGUAAAAGGUACAUAUAUUGCCUAUGAAAAAUUUAGCUGCAGUGAAAUGCAAAUUUUCAAUAUGUUGUUUAUGUCUUGUUGACAUUUAUGAUUUUGAGAAAAAAAUGAUACCUUACUGAAGAAAAAAACGUAGAAGUCCUAAGAAGUCGUAGAAGCCUAGAAGUCCUACAUUUAAAGGGAGUCAGAGAUAAAGCGCAAUAGAAACACUAAUCUUUUGUAGCUGAAUAGUGGGGAUUUUGAAAGUUCGUAUUCUUUUUUGAUUCUUUCCCAUUAACCCUUUUAGUAGUUGCCAUUAGCAGACUUCCAAGAAUUGCUAUCUGAGACGAUUGAAUUCCAUUCUUUUAUAGACUUGGUGAUUUCGACUUUCCUUAUAUAGCAUUCCAACUAUUACUUUUGGGAAAUUGGCCUUUUUACUUAGGCUACUAUUCUUGAAAUGUAUUUAUACAUUGGAGGACACUUCAACACUGAUGAGCACGAAAGACGAUCAAGUAGUAGAUUAAUUUGCACAGGAACACACGAGAAGCUCAAUUACAAGUCAUGAAACUUGUAAUGCAGAAAUGUGCUGAUCGUGAAGCAGGCCUUUGCCUCGU